AUGAAUCAAACUAACGUGGUCCAAUCAAACCCUAAAAUCAUCACCACGGCCCAUGCCAUCAGCCAAUCUUCAAGCCAAACCAUCAACAAUCAAGCUCAACAGCACAGUGGUAAUAAUCAAGAAGAAUUUAUUGAACAUAGCUUUAAUUUGACCUAUUUAGGUUAUACACCGAUCGAUCGUCGUUAUACACAACAAAUCCUAUUUUGGGUUGUUGUUGAAACAAAGCGUAAACGGAUACGCCAAGAAGUUGUCUUAACGGUGACCAAGAGUACCUUGAAAGGUUUAGACAUUGAAACGGAGAAAUUAGCCUUCGAGCAUCAAAUAUCUGGUAUUACUCGUUUCGCACGAAAUAAAGAUCAAACUAGCUUCGCCUACGUUACUCGUAGCCCAUCUGAAAAUUUGCCCUGUUAUUGUCAUGUUUUUGAAGCUUCUGAUCUUACCAAUAAAAUGGUUAGUUGA